UUGUUCGCUUCCUGUCAGCUGAUAGAUUCAGACGUUAGCAUAGCGGGUAGUCAUGUUAGCUCCUAUAGCACUGGAAAAAACAUAAAUAUUUCAGGUAAAUGAAAGCUUGAAAACGCGGAUGAUGUUUUAAUUUUCGUAAGCGUCGAUGGCCUGAACUUGUGGAAAAUAGCAGAUUGAGCCCUGUUCUCUUCUCUUCCAUUGACUGGAAAUUUUCUGUCCUCUCCUGGCCGCUGAAAGGCCUUUUUUCCGACUGCAGUGCCAGAAAAAGGACACAGAGAGCCAGAGUUUUAGACUGAGCUGGAUUCAAUGCGGGAACCAGAUCGGGAAGAACAGCCCGAAGACAGCAUGCCUCCCAAGUUUAAACGACACCUGAAUGAUGAUGAAGUCACAGGAUCCAUUCGCAGUGAGAGGAGAAAUUUGUUGGAAGAGGACUCCGAUGAAGAGGAAGAUUUCUUUCUGAGAGGACCAACUGGUCCCAGAUUUGGACCUCAGAAUGACAAACUCAAACAGGUGCAGUCACAUGUCGAUGAGGUCAUUGAUGUGAUGCAGGAGAACAUCUCUAAGGUGAUAGAGAGAGGCGAGCGUCUUGAUGACCUGCAGGAUAAGUCAGAGUCUCUCUCAGACAACGCGUCUGCCUUCAGCAGCCGAGCCAAACAGCUGCAUCGGAGGAUGUGGUGGAGAGACAUGAAGAUGAAGAUAAUUAUUGUUUUGGUAGUGAUCGCCUUCCUGCUGAUUAUCAUCAUUCCAGUGAUCAUGCGAUAUCACUAAUGGCUGACCAGGAGGAUGAAGCGAGUUUUCCCUCUCCUUCCUCUCCUUCUCUCGUACAAAGUCCUCCACUCCAGCUAGGGGGCGACGGCCAGCCUUCCUAACCCCAAUGUCAGCCUGUGUACCCCAAAAGUGGCCUGAAUGAGUGUUUUAACACAUCUUAAUCUGUCAGAUCAGUACUGAGGCUUGCCUCAACUGAACUGAAUUAACACACACACACAAAGAAUAACUGCAAAAAACUUUUGAUGCUAUGUGAAUCUGGGAGAACACAUUGAUUCUCAGCCCUCGAGUUGAGGUGAAGGGGUGACUCGUCAUAUUUUUCAUGAUGACUCAGAAAGUGGGAGUCGUGUUUUCAUCUGACCUCAUCCCUGACACACAUUUGAAAGUCAAGUGAGGACACAAAUAUGUUUCGUGUCCAACACAGGGUCUUGAACUUGUCCCUCCCCAAGAAUAGAAACUCAGGCUGUUCAGACCCUAUGAUUUUUAAUGUCAUUCUGCUCCAUAAGUUGGUCCACUUCCUUGGUUUAGUCACAUCUGUCCCAUGUUCCCAUUUGUGAAGUUAAACACACACACACGCUUAUGUUCAGAUGUUUACUUUUGACUUCUUAUUCCUGGUAGUGGGACCGUGUGAUGUUCGUGUUGCCUCUGAGCGUGUGACACGGUGUGAUCAAGGCAUCCGGCACUGAGCUCCAUUAGUAAAGGGUUCACGCAUACCGGCAGCCUUUUUAACCGUCCAACACAACAGGAUGCAGAUGGAAAAAGUAUGAACUCGAUGCCAAAUUUCAGCUUUAAUUGUAGUGUUAAAGCUGAAAGACCCUGUACAAAAAAAAGUGAUGUAAA